AUGUCACCUACAAAAUUGGAAACUACUACUGAAACUAAUACAAAGGGGUACGACUUAGGAACGAGAGGAUCACAUAAUAUAUCUAAAGGUGGAAAACAUCCUUAUCAAAUACCCAAAUUUGACAAUAAGAAAGAUGAAAGAAAAUAUAUACUACAACAUAUGGCAGCUGCGUUUAGAGUAUUUGCAAGAAAAGGUUAUACUGAAGGUACUGCUGGCCAUAUAUCUGUAAGAGAUCCAAUUGAUACAAAUACUUUUUGGAUAAACCCAUUAGGAAAACAUUUUGGUUUGAUUAAAGUGAGUGAUUUAGUCCAUGUUGAUGAAGAUGGUAACGUUUUAGGGGAUGGAAAUCAAACUGCUAUAAAUGCAGCAGGGUUUGCCAUACAUAGUGCAAUACAUAAGGCUAGACCUGAUGUGAAUGCGGCUUGUCAUACCCACUCUACUUAUGGUAAAGCUUGGUCAAGCAUGGGUAAACUUUUGGAUAUGAUUAAUCAAGAUGUUUGUACAUUUUAUAAAAAGCAUUCUAUUUUUACAGAUUUUGGAGGAGUAGCUUUAGAAGAAGAGGAAGGUCAAAAAAUAGCAGCCGCGUUAGGAGAUAAUAAAGGAAUAAUUUUACAAAAUCAUGGAUUGUUGACUGUUGGUUCAACAGUUGAUGAGGCAGCAUAUCUCUUUACUUUAUUGGAGAAAUCAUGUCAAGUUCAAUUAUCUGCUCAACAGGCUCUUUUACCUGGUGAAAAAUUGAAAAUUAUAGGGGAUACAGAAGCAAGUUAUUGUGAAUACAAAGAAGGGGAUCCCGAAACUUUGUUUACUGAGUUUCAACCUGAUCUUGAAAUGGAAUUAUAUCUUAAUGAUGACUUUUUGAAUUAA